CAUUAUUAUUUUUGACUUAAUUGUUUAUUUAGAAAGUGAGCAUCAUAGCGAACAUCAUGUUGAGAAGUUGGAGAAACUUGGACCAGUGAAGUUCUCCAUUUUACAACUGGACCGAUUCGCGUACUUGCACACGACUUUGACGAUGGUCCAGAAGAAGCUGAUCCGGGAAUACAUUCGUCAGCUGAAGGACGCUUUGGAGCAACAACUGGAAACGGAUCUUACCGAAAGGCUGAUGCGCCUGAAGGUGGAAAAGCAGCAUCUAAAAGAUGCCUUUGAACUUGAGAAAGAUUGUUUUCCUUCCGGUAUAUUGGUGUCACCGCCUUCCGCGACCAAUAGCCAGAACAUUACACAGACCCCUUGUGAUGACGAUAUCACUACAAUGGCAGGGUCAAGUUCUGAGGCAGCAAAGGGCUGGGACAGGAACUUUGCACAAGCGAUGUGUGAAGCGUAUCGCCUGUCUCCUCUCCCAAUAAAGGCUGCAGCGAUUUUUGAAGACAUGGCCAAUUCAGGUGUUGUAUUCAAUCCCCCUCCAGUGGAUAAAGCUGUGGAUCUAUUUUUGGAAUACGGAAAGUUCAGUUCGUUUGCAGUCAGUCUCAAUGCCCUCAAAAGAAAGCGUAUUCUACAGGUUCCUCAUUGUUAUAUUGGUGCUGGAAGCCUGGACGAGCCCUGUGACUUAUGCGUAAACGCACGUCGUCAGACCGUUUAUGUCAUCUGUGUUCACAAGGGGAUACUGCCGUUCAACCUGAGGACGGCCGAGUUCGAGAACCUAGUUUCGAAUGUGUCCACUGUCAGUUCAAGGAAAAACGCCAAUGACCAAUUCGCCAGUAUCACCUUUGACCCUGUAAAACGCUGUGUGAUUUGCACGGUGCUGCGAGAUUACCGAAGAUGGGUGGUCCAGGUGUACGACUCUCGUUACCUGAUUCUACUCAGUGAAAUCUCUUGUCCGGAUGAGCCGAAAAUCAGAAACGGCUGGAAUCGAUGGAUCAUUUCGCUACCGGACAGUCAUUUGUUGAUCAGCUGUGGCGAUCGCCAGGUGGGAGCGCUUUGGUUAUUGGACCUUCAAAGCAAACGGUGGACCCUGCUACAUCAACAGUUGGGCGCAGCCUACCGAAAGCCAGCCUUCCACCGGUCAAUGUUGAAUACUGAAGAGGGUCUUCUGUACGUGCCGGACAUGGAGGGCCAUACCCUGGUCACUUUCGUUCUUAACACCACUACAUGGACACUGGACAAACAAGGCGAGAUCCAAACGGCGGAACUGAGUCGUGAAAUGCCGAUUUGCGUGGACAUUUUGGACAGCUGUUUGAUGGUCGGCAACUGGAACACUGGUAACAUCAUCGCUGCCAACCUGUUCAGGAGUUGCUCGCGAUUGUUUACUAGCGUUGGACCGAAACAACUGUGUGGCUUUUGUUUUGUUGACACAAAACAAUUUCUGGUUCUCUGUAAACAAAAGGAAGUCGUCGAGUCUUACUUGUUGACCAACUCCACUUGCUGA